AUGUCUCCUCCUGAAACCCGUCCGGUGAUCCUUCUCGUGCCUGGUGCUUUUGGAACCCCAGCCGGCUUCGAGAAGCUUGCGGAGUUCCUAAGAGCAGCCGGGUUCUCGACACAUCCGGGAGCUUACCCUAGUUGCAAUCCUACCGACCCAACCACUGCAACGAGCCAAAAGGACAUUGCCUACCUUCGCGACAACGUUCUCAUACCGCUCCUGGAUCAAGAGAAGAGAGACGUCGUCAUUAUCGCACACUCGUACGGCGGUGUUGUAGCUGGCGGCGCAGCCAAGGGCCUUGAUAAGCCAGCCCGUACAGGGAAAGGUCACUCCACCAGCGUCACUGGCCUGAUCUAUGUCGCCGGCAACAUCACAUUAGAGGGGGAAACCCUUCGCGAAGCAGUUGGUGGUGUUUAUCCACCGUUCAUAAAAGUGGACAAGCCAUCUAAAGGUCUGGCCCUCAUCGAACCAGCAAUGGAUAUUCUGUACAAUGACUGCGAUCCAUCGCUUGCUCCCGAGUUGGACAAGCACAUGAAUCCCCACGCGCUCCUGGCGUUCGAGACAAAAGCGACAGCACCGGCCUGGGCAGAUGCGGGGUUCGACGGCAGAAGGGUGUAUGUGCGUACCUUGGAGGAUCAAUGCAAUCCGCCUUUGCUACAGGAUGUAUGGAUCGAGAAAACAAAGGUAAAGUGGGAAGUGAUUGAUAUCAAAGCUGGCCAUAUGCCAUUCGAGAGCCAGCCCGAGACGCUGGCUGAGCAGGUAGUGAGUUCUGCCCAUGGAUUCUCCGCCGUAAGGCAGAACGUGCUUGUGCAACAUUGGCCCAUGGAAGGCUGGAAUGUCACAGCUGCUUUUUGGAGGAUAUGCGCGCCAGUACGUAGUUAUAUUGGAGGUCUUCUGAAAAGCUAA